CCUUCUUGUUACAGAAAUUACAUUCAUUUACACAAUGAGGAGGAAAGUAAAGACACGAAGUAAAACGUCUAAAUACACUCGCUAAUCUGUUGUUGUUUUUAUCUGAACUUACAGAUUAUUUCUUUAUUUCUGCGCUACAUUUAUAAUAUAUGUUUUGUGUUUAUUAUAUUGACUUGUAUUCUGUGACUUGUGUACGUGAUGACGUUGAUGUGUGCGUGAGGACAGUAGAAUUAGGAUGUGGAGGAAGUAGGUGCUGGUUCUAGACUCGGUACAUUACUCUGGUAAAGUUGGGCUGAAAGUUUCAGUGAUCAGAGAUGGAGAAGAACAAUCUGCUGUUAUUAAUCUGUGUGAUUUGGGGCGUCUCCUGUCUGUCAGACUGUAUGAACACAAAGAAAAUGAGACGACGGAGACGUGAGACCACGUGUCCUGAGGGAAACUACACCACAAGCACUAAGAUGACCUGCUGUCGCUGUGAUAAAGGUUAUUACCGGAAGAGCGACUGCAUUAGGAUGUAUGAAGCUGCUAAAUGUGAAGCGUGUGAAACCGAUUCCUUUAUGGAUCAUCCGAACGUUGCCAAACAGUGCGAGAGCUGCAAAGUGUGUUUGAGCAACGCGAACAUGGAGAUUAAAAGAGCUUGUAUAUCCUCCUCCAACACCGUGUGCAGGUGUAAGGAACAGUACUACUGUAAUGAGGACGACUGUAAGGCCUGCCACGCCUGUGAUCCGUGUGAGGAGUUCGGGGUGAAAGUGCCGUGCAGUGAAACCAACAACACACGGUGCCAUGACGGGGCUCAGAACUCUGUGAAUCUCUCGGCUGUAAUCGUGCCGAUCGGGAUCCUGUUUGCGGUGGCGGCGGCGGCGGUGGUGGUUUGGAAGAAAAAAAUGUUUUGUUUUCAUAAAUCUACAAUUAUUCAAAAUCCUGAAGAACAGGAGCCGUUACAAGAUGUGGAUCUGAGUCCCUUCCUGUCUGAAAUAGCUCAAGCUCUGGGCCUGCAGGCGGUGCGAGACGUGGCCCGACACAACGGCGUGGUCUCCGACGUGAGGAUCCAGGCCGAGAUCGCCAAUCACCCCAACGAUACGGAAGAACAGACGUUUAAGGUGCUGCAGGCCUGGCACGAGCAACACGGCAUGAAGGCGGCGUACAGCGGGCUGGUCAGCACGCUCCGAGCGGUCAGGAAGAACGCCGCCACCGGCAAGGUGAUCAAAAUCGUCACGGAUGGUCAGAACACCAGCAGGACAACCGCAUAACCUCCUCUGCUGUAAACCUCCACCGUUGAUUCAGGUCAAUAAAUAAACGCGAGCUUUUAUACAACCAGAAAAACGUCACGAAAAACAUGAAUUUAUUUAUUCAUUCGUCACGUCUAGUUUAUUUUUAUAGCACUUUUACCAUAAGGGGACGUUGUAGCCUAGUGGUUAAGGUACUGGACUAGUAAUCAUAAGGUCGCUGGUUUAAGCCCCACCACUGCCAGGUUGCUGCUGUUGGCCCCUGAGCAAGGCCCUUAAUUCCCAAUUGCUUAGACUAUACUGUCACUGUACUGUAAGUCACUUUGAAUAAAUGCAUCCGCUAAAUGCCGUGAAUGUAAAAUAGACGUUAUCUUAAAGCAGCUUCAAAGAAUCCAGGACCGACAGACCAAAAAGCCCCCAAAAAACCCUCCUGCUGAGCAGCCGAGGGCGCCAGUGGCAGCGAAAACCCCCUCAAAAUGACAGAAAGGAACCCUGAGAGGAACAAACACAACCUAGGCCAGGCUGUUCUGGACAUUUUUUGGUGCAAACACGCCAGGUUACCGUCACAUUUAGCAGGAGCAGCGUUGUAAAACAGAAGAUGGAGUUACGAUGUGAAUCAUUAAGAGUAAAAUAUCAGUUCUACAGAGAGUAGUUUUAGACUCCGCCCACUAAUUAUUACAGCGAGCAGGUAACAAGAUCAUGAAGCUUCCACAGAACAUCAGCGCCCAUCUCACCCACCAUCAUCAAACCUGAGUGAUCGGACAAGAGAGGCAGAACGACACCAACCCAACAUCCCUGAUCACCACAAGGUUCUAUCACCAAGAACCCCCAAGCUCUGCUCCUCUGUCUAUAUUCAGUGUGGGCAGCUCCGGUCCAUGAGAGCACCAGACUGACCACAACCCCAGACCCCCAGGACUGGAGCCACACCCCCCUGGUUUGGAAGGACCAAUCAAAAGCCUGAGUAAAUAAAUCUGUAUUUACCUGGACUUGAACAUUGAGACUAGUAAUUACAGGACUAGUAAUCAGAAGGUUGCUGGUUCAAGCCCCUUGGCAAGGCCCUUCACCCUCAAUUACUCAAAUUGUGUUCAGUCAUAAUUGAAGUGCCUUUGGAUGAAGUACCUGCUAAACUCUGUAAAUGUAAACGCUAAGAGACGCACCAGUGGAGUUGUGUGGGUUCAAAUCCCAGGCUGGGUGAUCCUAAACAUUAUGGGGAAGGUCGGCGCACCGUCAGCCGCUCUUCUGAGAAGCUUCUCACAGCUUUUGAAGUGUGUCUGUGGGAAUUUGUGCCCGUUCAGUAGUACAAAUGAUGGCAGUGUUUGUACGGCCGGGUGCUGAUUGAUCAGUCGGUGUUCCGGUUCAUCCCAGAGCUGUUGAGUGGGGCUGAGCUCAGGGCUCUGGGCAGGACGCUCAAUCAAACAGGACUAGUAAUCAGAAGGUUGCUGGUUCAAGCCCCUUAGCAAAGCCCUUCAACCUCAAUCCCAGGCUGGGAUCACAGGUACAGCAGGUGUAUGGUGGUGGUGCGUGAUCCUAAACAUUAUGGGGAAGGUCAGCGCACUGUCAGUACCGGAACCGACCCGGAUAAACAGGAGGGUCCCGUCAGGAACAGUGGGACCCAGACAGGUGCUUAGAGAAGUGUAGGAGGGGUCAGAGUGGAACACCGGGGUACGUCAGGGUUCUCAGAAGCGUUCGGCUGCAGAAUCAGGUUUUCAAGCUGCAUAAUUAAAAAUAUAUAUUUUAUUGUUUUAUUGUUAAACAUUUGUAAUAAUAAUGUGAAAAGCUUCACUGUGACAAAUACAAACAGAGAAAAAAAAUAUAUAAUAUAUAAAAAUAUAUUCACAUCAGUACCGAGCUGGAAUGUGAGGAGUUACAUUACAGACGCGUCUUUGUCGCCCCCUGCUGUUAAAAGAAGGUCGUGCUGUGAUUGGUGGUCCAGCUUUAGAUCUACAGAGCAAAUCUGUAGAAAUCCAGUGAGGGAUCUUUUAGAUAAAGGAGCUCCUGAUGUCUGCUGUGGUCAGGGUCUCAGUGGGUCGUUUGGGCUGCGUAUUAGCUGGGUGGUCCUAAUGUUUUGGCUGAUGUAUGAACAUGUGCAAAAAACAAACAAAAAAAACACUUUGGUUCUAACAGGUUUUAGCAGAUUUGUGUUCUUUGACUGUUGUUUACUAAAACUUGAGAAAUGAAAUGUUUACUAUAGAAGCUCUUCUGUAAGUCACUCUGGAUAAGAGCGUCUGCUAAAUGCAGAAAAUGUAAAUGUGCUUCCUCUAGAUUUAGUUUUUUAUUGCAGGUCGAUCACAUUAAUAACGACACUUAUUUUUACUUUGUUUAUCAGCUGCAGAUGAAAAGCUGCUAAUUUAAUAAAUGUGACGUUAAUGUUUUAAUGUAAAAUGCAAUAAAA